AUGUCGACGCAGCCACUCCUCCAGCGGACGGCGGGAAAGCGCAUCGCGCUGCCCGUCCGCGUCGAGCCCAAGGUCUUCUUUGCAAACGAGCGAACCUUCCUUUCAUGGCUCAACUUCACAGUGACCCUCUCGGCCCUCGCGGCCGGCCUGCUCAACUUUGGCGACAAGAUCGGCAGGAUCAGCGCCGCCAUGUUUUCCUUUGUCGCCAUGGCGAUCAUGGUCUACGCCCUCGUCACAUAUCACUGGCGUGCAAAGGCCAUCCGCAACCGCGGCUCGGGACCAUACGAUGACCGUCUCGGUCCGACGAUGCUCUCCGUCAUGCUCCUCAUCGCCGUCCUGGUCAACUUCAUCCUCCGCUUCAACGCAUGA